UUGAUAGAAGGACUGCCUGAUAUUCGGAGAGAUAACUUCUCCGGAAAAUCUGAUAGUAUAAAUACCGGAGAAGUAACACCCUCGUAUCGUCAGAGACGCUGACAACCCCUGUAAAAUUCUGUUUGGGCUUUACCUCCUGUAUUUGAGCACUUGACAUGAGUAUGUUAUUCUGAUGAGUUUUCAAAUUUGUUGCGAUGAGCGAACCAUUAGAUGAUAAAUACACAAGAUUAUCAUUUGUAAAUUGAGCAUUAGGUCGGUUGAUUUGACCCAUAAGCAUAAAUAUAUCCCCGAUGGAAAGAGGAAGUCCGUAAUUGGGUUCGAUUUUAUAAUCAAAUGUAA